AUGGCCCUGAGUUCUGAUCGAGCUCAAAUCACGCUAUUUCUUUUAGCGCAACUUCGACCUGUAGUAGCUGAAAAUUUACAAUCGUACGGUACUGAUUACCUGGAUAAUGUCGAUAUUAGCAUUAAAUCAUUAGCAUCUUAUCUCCAAUCUAUCGGAUUCAACCAAAAAGAUCAAUUAGAUUAUAAUAGAUUAAUUACCUACGGUUUUUUACCAACUAAGAUACCCAAAUUAUCAGAUCUCGACUUCGCUGUCGAUAUUGCAAUUGUCUAUAUACAAAAAUGUCAACAUCAUCUAAUCCAACCGUUCAAUCUAGCUUGCACUCCAGAGACAUCUGUUGAUGGAAUUACAAGGAAAUAUUACGUUAAGCAGAUCAAUGAUAUUAAUUUACAAGGGCAAUUAUAUUUGGAAGAUGAAGUUUUAGCAAUCAAUGGUCAUGCAAUUUGCCAUAUUUUACCAAGUAAAGCAAUAUGGUUUAUCAAUAAUAGCCUAAGAUAUGGCAUAACGACUUUAACAGUCGCUCGUCCUUUUUCCGCUAAUUCUAUCCAAACAAACUUAGACACAAUGGUAGGCUUAGCAUACUCCAUUGUACACAGCAACAGCUUAAAUUCUUGUAUUGGUCGCCUUCAAGAAGAACUGUUAUCACAAUCUUCUGUGAAAACCAAAACUACGUGGUCAAUAGAGAAAAUGCAUAUUAUGGUUGAUUCAGAUGGACUUGGGAUAACUUUAUAUACGGAUGACAUAAGACCCGGAAUAUAUAUUGCUACAAUACAAGGAGCUGCUGCUAAGGAUGGAAGAUUGAAAGAACAUGAUCGACUUUUGGCAAUUAACGGCAAAUGUUUACUUGCGUUAACGCAUGAUGAAGCACAUGCAUGUGUACAACAGGGUGCACAAGAAAAUAAUGGUUCAGUAAUGCAGUUAAUUAUUGCUUCUCAGAAGACCGUAAUCGACGAAGAACCGUACGCUAACGUUAAAAAUGGUCGGAUUGUCCUACCUGAUAAGCAAAAACCCUCACUAUUACAUAAUGAAAACAUUUUAAAUGAAACGAUUAAUGUAGACCAAGAUGACUAUAUAUACCAUAACAACGACAUUAAUGAUGAUACUUCUAUCGGCCAACUUCCAACAUUUGCCCUAGAAGUUAUUCAAGAUUCAUUUCAAACUCAAUCUAGUGAAAUCCAAAAUGCUAAUUCCGCUGCUAGUGAUGGUAAUGACAGCACUGAACCUAGUAAUAUUCAAGCCGGCAACCAAGAUGAUAUGCCACAAGUCCCAGUUCAAAUAAUAACUAGUUCAUCAGAUUUGGAAGCAAUUCCAAGUAUUUCACCUAUACAAGAUCAAAUUGGCGAUCAAAAGGAAAUAAUUGAUGAUGCCGAGUAUGUAAUCGAAGAGGUUAUACUACAAAAAGUGGAAAAUGUUAGCUUGGGAAUUGGUGUUGGAUUAUUAGCUGAUCUUGACGCAAAUGAGAAAGGAAAAUAUAAUCAAGGUAUAUUUAUACAGCAUCUCAAGAAAGGAUCGCAAGGAAUGGAAUGUGGCAAGCUACACCGUGGUGAUCAAAUAGUAGAGGUCAAUGGAACAAGUUUAAUCGGCGUUACUCUAAGUCAAGCAUACGGCAUUCUAGGCCAGUUAAAGCCGGGCAAUGUUGUCAUGAUUACGAGACAUCAUCAAGAUCCAAAAAUAUCUGAGCAAUUUAUGGAUAAAACUUUAAAAGCUUUAGAAAGUAAGGGUAAAAGCGGAUGGAGAUUAAGCGAAGACGAGAAAGAACCUCACCGUCUUAACAGGUCAUCCUCGUAUCGAGAUGUUUCAAAUACGGACGCUGAUGAGCCUCAAAGUAGAUCGAGGACACAUACAUUAUCUAUAGUCUCUCGGAGUCCAGUUGCAAUAGCGAAAAAUUUUCUUCGACCGAAGCCUCUAGAGCCAUUAAAUUCCAACGAAAUAUCAAGUCCAGACGUUGAUACACUAUUAGUCAAUAGCGAGAGCUCUAAAGAUCAUCUAAUCGAAGUAGUUCAACUUCGUAAUGAUGUUGCCGAAACCAUUGGAAUGCAGCUACAUGUUAGAAAUGAAAGUGUUAACACCUUUAAUGCUGAUGGAGAAUCGGUUGUUAAAACGUAUAACCGUGUAUUUAUUGCCUCGGUGGCUAAAGACGGAGCAGCAGCACGUGCAAUAGGCGGCUCAGGUAGUUUACGUGCUGAUGAUGAAAUUUUAGAAGUAGAUGGUAAGGUAUUAAAAGAUUUAUCACCUGAGAGCUUACAAGCGACAUUUCGUGAGAUGCCGUCCGUUGUUAGUAUGAAAAUCAAACGAAUGUUAGCGUUAUCUAACAAACAGGAUCCACUGAGAAGAUCUGUAAAACCACCAGAAAAGCCUAAUCGUAACAGUAUGAUUUUCGACGAUGGCCAAUUACAGCUGUCUGAUUCUGGUACAAAUAGAACUAGGGGAUCAUCGAGUAUUAAUAUUCCUAAUGUAAUAGAAAGCUUGGAGGAGGUUUCACAAGUAACUGAUUUAACUACUCCAGAUCAUAUACAAAGCCAUAAUGACGAUUCUACAGCCUCCCCCUCAUCAGUUAUCCUUGAUGGGACGCUUGGAUCCAGAUAUGAUGAUAAUCUCGACAUGAUUACUGGACAAGAACAUAACGAAAGGGCUGAUAGUCAACUAAUAUCAGAUCCAGUAAGGAACGGAUUACUUGAGCAAGUAAUUAAUGACAAAGCUAUUUCACCUGGUAGAGAUCAUCAAUCAGAUGAUCAACUUUUAAAUAAUCAAGCAACACCUGGAGCACUGUCUACUAGUACCGGUGCGGAAACUAAAAAGAAACGUAAAGGAAAAUUUUGGAGAAGGAAAUCUGCCGCAGAUAUUAAAGUUUCAGUAGAUAACGAAGAUGUAUCCAUUUUUAUAGGAAAUGAUCAAUAUCGGCUAUUAUCUAGUAUUCCUCGAGGACGCAAAAUUGAUGAACCCUAUCAUAUUAUUUUGCAAAAAACUCGAUCUAAGGGGCUUGGAUUGAAGUUAGAGUUAGAUCUUGCGUCUCAGUCUUUUAAAAUAGUAAAAUAUCGCUCAACUGGUACGAUCAAUAAGAAAGAGGAUUUAACUGUGGGCGAUCUUGCUUUGAAUAUCAAUAAUCAAAACCUAGUAGGUAAAACGUCAUCUGAAAUCGAACGUAUACUCAAAUCGCUACCCUACGGACCGGUUACUAUUGUUGCUGAAACUGCACACAGUUGGGCUAAGAGAGCUGCUGAUUUAAUGAGGUUAAGCACUUCAAUGCUCAAUGCGCCUUCAUCGUCUGCUAUAGAAACUCCUAAAUCAGGAUCUGAAGAACUGACAGUUUUAUCAGUACAGAUCGAUAAGAGCGAUGCUGCUAUUUUUGGUGUUACUGUGGAAGAGGGCUAUCAUAUGGAUACGUCUUAUAUUUAUAUUAAAGACAUCGAGCCAGGUUCACCAGCUGGAUGUUCUAAUAAAUUUCUCCUUGGCGAUCGUAUCAUUUCAAUUAAUAAUCAAUCCACAGUAGGAGUUUCAGCAGAAGAAGCUGAAGUAAUUUUAGCAUCUUCAUCAGGUAUUAUCGACAUGGUCAUCCACAGAUUACCCCGUAGUAAGUCAAUAACCGAUAGUGCAGGUACAGGUAUAUCUCGCGAUGUAAUUAAAGUAGAAGAUAUUCAAUUAGAACAAAAGGACUCUCCCGAUGGUAAUAUUAACGUCCAAGAAUCUAUGCAACAGGCAUUACAGCACGCACAAUCACAUAACGAUCAAUCUAAAGACGAGGAAACCAAACCUGAUGGCUUUAAAUCACUGCUGAAUCCGGGAGAUACUUAUCAUCGUGUUAAAAUUCGCCGUGAAGGAAAUACCUAUGGAUUUAGUGUAGCCAGUAGAAUAUCGGAUAGAGCCGUUAUUGUAAGGAAGGUAACUCCAGGUAGCUUGCUUGAUCAAACUGGCAAUGUUAAAUUUGGUGAUAGAAUUCUAGCGGUUGAUGGUAUCAAAAUUACAGAAGGCUCUGAUCAAACUGUUCAAAUAUUAAAAAGUUCAACUAAAGCAGUCGAAUUACACAUCGCUCGGCCGGCAAUGACUGGACAUAAAGCUUCAAGCAGUUCGUCUUUUGCAAUUUCACAAUCACGCAGGCGGAAAUCGUCAGGCAAUAGCUACACAGGAAGUAUAGAAUUAAAACCAGAUGGACAAAAAGCACUGAACAAUUCAAUUUCUCGCUCAAUUGUUACACCUCAGGAAAGAGAUAAGCAAAAAUUAUUAAAUAAUGUAGAAUCAGCAGUCACAAACCCUCAGGUAGACCAGCAGAUUUCUUUAAGUAACCCAAACUCCGUUGCUUCAGUUCCGCAGAUAGAUACUUUAAGCCAUUGUAAGGUGGUUAAAAUCAAUAAGACAGCGGCUGGGCUAGGAUUUAGCGUUGGUGUAAUUGGCAAAGGUUGCGAUAGCACGGUCGUUAUUAAAUCUAUACUACCUUAUGGUGCUGCUAGCCAAUCAGGCAAUAUUGAAUCUGGUGAUGACUUACUCGAAGUUAAUGGCCUUCCAAUGCAAGGCCUCCCAUAUAAUGAAGUCACCAAUGUAUUGAAAUCUACACCGCCUGGUGUAGUAGUGCUAAAAAUUAGGCAUACAAAUAAUGAAGCAAUUUAA